AUGGCAAUCGCACUCCCCCGUACCGAGACCGAGGUCUCCUCCAUCCCCCCAUCCGACAGCCCUCGCCGCAACCCUAGAUCCCGCAUCCACGAAUUCCUCAUGGAAGACAUCCGUGAAGACAUCCUUCUAGAAGCCGAACUCCUCCUCCUAUCCUUUGCCACCGGAAUCCAAGACGCCGCCGCCUGGCCAGACUACAUGUGUUUUGCCUUGAACCAAACUGGCAACACGCUAUUCCUCGCAAUCGGCAUUGCAUGCUUAACACACAACCAAUACAGUUUCCCCAAUAUCGGAGUCAGUUUAUCCAUGUUCGUCACCGGGGGGUUUUAUUCUCGGACAACUCGGGAAUAUGAUCGGCGUCCGCAAGCGUCUCUGGCUACUUAUAUCCAACUUGAUCCAAACGCGCUCGUUUUCUGCGCCCUUAUUGUCCAAUACUCCUGGCCGAUACGAAGGGACGGACCAGCUGCGAUGGCGGUUAUUGGGUUAUUGGCGUUUUCAUCCGGCGGACGGGUAGCUAUGAGUCGGAGUUUGAAGAUCACUGAGAUCACGACGGCGAUGGCGACGGCGGCGUUUGUGGAUUUGGUUGUUGAUCCGGAUUUGGGCAAAUUGAAAAAUCGGUGUCGGAAUCGACGGGUGGGGUUUUUGAUCAUGUUGGUGUCGGGGUGUUUUGUCGGUGCGUUUGCGGCGAGGGAGAGGUUCCUGGGUGUCAUGAAGAUUUGA